GACCUCGAAAGACAGCCUACAUUCUUCUCCGCCAGAUCCCCACAUCGCAUUCCCCGAGCUUUGCGCUGCACAACACCCAAAUUGCACACAGGCCCUCAACGCGAACGCCUACUGCUACCCCACAACCCAUGGCAACCUCUUCCAACCAGCCUCGCUACGGUCUGAAUCGCCCCGCCGCCGGCCCAAGCGCGCCAACCUUCUCAACACCUGCAUUCCCCUCGGCCCCGAAGAACGCACAGCGCCUCGAAGCCGAGCGCCUCGAGCGCGAACGCCUAGCGCGCGAGUCGCGCCUCGCCUCGUCAGCCAUGGAUGCGCAGGCCCUAGCAUCGCUCUCGGAAGAGCAGAGAGAGGAGAUCAGCGAAGCCUUCAACCUCUUCGACCUGGACAAGGACGGCUACAUCGACUACCACGAGCUCAAGGUCGCCAUGAAGGCGCUCGGCUUCGAUCUGCCGAAGCAGGAGAUCCUCGACAUCUUGCGCGCACACGGCACAGCCGCGCAAUCGCAGAACCAGAGCUCGAAACAGCCGGCGCGGGACUCGGCGAGGGCAGCGGCACAGGCAGCGUAUCCGCCUCCUGCGCGGCCGCUGCUGGGCUUCCAGACUUUUCAAAUGCUCAUGGCGCAGCGGAUACUGGCAAGAAAUCCCGAGGACGAGAUUCUCAGGGCUUUUGAGUUGUUUGAUGAGGGUGGGAAAGGGAGGAUCACGCUGCAGGACUUGCAGCGUGUGGCGCGCGAACUGGGCGAGACGCUGGGGAACGACGAGCUGGUUGCUAUGAUUGAAGAGUUUGAUUUGGAUGGGGACAACGCAAUUUCCAGGGAAGAGUUUGUCGGGAUAUGCCUCGGGUAGGCAGUGCUCCUUGAUGUGAUUUUCUGGAUUCAGCACGGCGUCCGGUGUUUGCGUGUGGAGGAGACGGAGUGGGAUGUAAGCGUUGAUAGUUUUAAUUCAGAUUUGC